AUGGACUGUGAUCACAGGAGGAAGAGCUCCGCUUCGAGUGAUGAUGACCCCUUCGCCAAUGCAGAGCAUUACUAUGGACCUUCCAAAGGACACAAUAAACUCAAAACAAGAACUUAUUCCAUGCAUGACAUCAGGUCAAAGUCUGAUUUCUUUAACGAUCCUAAGCCACCGUUGAGGUCGAAUAAUACUGAGACUUUAAGUACUAUUAAGUCUGAUGACGACUCAGAAUCUGAUUCGCCUCCCGAAAGACGGCCAUCGAUUUUCCCUAUCAGCAACGACUUCGCUGGGGACUCACUUGCUGAUUUGUCCUUAAGCAAAGAUGGAAAAUCACGGCUCCCGCCUCAUCAUCUUAGAAGAGGAUCUUUAGAUGACACUCUUCAGACGCCUAAGAAAUACUUCAUCAAUGAUGUUGACCAGACUUUGAAUGAAUUAUUAGCCAACGAAGAUACUGAUCAUAAUUACCAGAUAACGAUAGAAGAUGCUGGUCCGAAAGUUUUGAAGUUAGGUACUGUUAAUUCUAAUGGGUAUAAACAUUCUAUGGUACGCGGAACAUACAUGUUGUCAAAUCUUUUGCAAGAAUUGACCAUUGCGAAGUCUAUGGGAAGGAAUCAAGUUAUUUUGGAUGAGGCUCGCUUAAGAGAGAAUCCAGUUCACCGAAUGAGAAGACUAAUUAGUCUCCAAUUUUGGAAGUCCCUUACGAGGGAGAUAACAAAAUAUAAUGUUGAUGAAAUGUCCAAGGAUACUAAAAUUGAGGAGGAUUAUUAUGAUGAAAAUGGUGUGCACCAUAAGCUGAAAGAGACUCGUAGGAUAUAUAUCCCUCACGGUUGUGAAAAACAAUACGAGUAUUUCGUCUCUGCGAAGGAACUUUGUCCUACUUUAGAUGUUCAGUAUUUACCUGCCCAUUUUGAUGCAGAGUAUAUUAUGAAUCUAAAUAAAAAGCCUGGUUUAUUGGCCCUUGGAGCAAAGCCAGACCCGAAAAAUCCAGAUAACUUGUUAAACUGGCCAUAUGUAGUUCCAGGAGGACGUUUUAACGAGUUGUACGGUUGGGAUUCAUACAUGGAAACACUUGGUUUACUAACAGACGUUACUACUGAACACCAAGAGCAUCUACUUUUGGCAAGAGGUAUGACAGAAAAUUUCAUUUACGAAAUAAAGCAUUACGGUAAGAUCUUGAAUGCAAAUAGAUCAUACUAUUUAGGUAGAUCGCAGCCUCCAUUUUUGACAGAUAUGGCUUUGAGAGUAUUUGAUAAGACACGAGAGGUAGCUCCAGAAAAUUUGGAUGAUUCAUUGGAUUUUUUAAAGAGAUCUACGCUAGCAGCAAUCAAGGAAUACAACACUGUCUGGUGCUGCAAGCCAAGGCUAGAUGAGGAAACUGGCUUGUCAUGUUAUCAUCCAGAAGGAAAGGGUAUUCCCCCUGAAACUGAGCCCUCGCAUUUUAAUUCAAUAUUGGAGCCCUAUACGAAGAAAUAUAAUGUAUCACAAUUAGAGUUUAUUGACAUGUACAACCAUGAUAAAGUUCACGAGCCUGACCUUGACGAAUAUUUCUUGCACGAUAGAGCAAUUAGGGAAUCGGGUCACGAUACCUCUUAUAGAUUAGAAGGAAAGUGUGCUUAUCUUGCUACUGUGGAUUUGAAUUCUUUAUUGUACAAGUAUGAAACUGACAUUGCUUUCAUAAUUAAAACAUAUUUUAAUGAUUCCCUAGAAAUUGAGAGAUCUCUGUUUGAGACUAGUAGUCCAUGGCUAGAGAAGGCAAAGAAGCGCAAAGAAAGAGUUACGAAAUAUUUGUGGAAUGAAGAAGAUUCGAUUUUCUAUGACUAUCAUAUCAAGACGAAAAAACAAACUGGUUACGAAUCUGCUACAACAUUUUGGCCCUUGUGGUCAAAAGUAGCAACUGAAGAGCAAGCAGAAAAAUUGGUUGCUAAUUCAGUCAGCAAAUUUGAAGAAUUUGGUGGUUUAGUAUCGGGUACCCUAAAAUCAAGAGGAGAAUUAAACAUCCACAGACCGUCUAGACAGUGGGACUAUCCAUACGGGUGGGCUCCUCAGCAAAUCUUGGCUUGGAUAGGCCUAUGCAACUACAACCAUGAAGGAGUGGCACGCAGAUUGAUUUAUCGUUGGUUAUUCAUGAUGACAAAAGCGUUCGUUGACUAUAAUGGUGUCGUUGUCGAGAAAUAUAAUGUUACAAAAGGUGCCGUUCCCCAUAAAGUGGACGCGGAAUAUGGUAAUCAAGGUACUGACUUUAAGGGCGUCGCAAGGGAAGGUUUUGGUUGGGUUAAUGCAAGUUAUCUCUUUGGAUUGACCUUUAUGAAUUUGCAUGCUAAAAGAUGUUUGGAUAUCUUGACUUCCCCAGAAGAUUUCUUGAAGAAUUUGUCUCCUUCACAAAGAGCUUCUUAUAAGUGA